ACGACAUCCUCAAGACACCAAGACCCACAAAAUGGCCUCCCGUCCGACCGUCAACAUCCGCACUGUCUCUGGAGAGGCAUCCUCGUCUCUGCCACUCCCUGCGGUCCUUACCGCACCAAUUAGGCUCGAUGUUGUUCAACAGGUACACAAGAGCAUUGCAAAGAACAAGCGUCAACCGUACGCCGUCAGUGAGAAGGCUGGUCACCAGACAAGCGCAGAGUCCUGGGGAACUGGUCGUGCGGUAGCUCGUAUCCCUCGUGUCGGAGGUUCAGGUACACACCGUUCCGGUCAGGCAGCUUUCGGGAACAUGUGCCGUGGUGGUCGUAUGUUCGCACCAACGAAAGUCUGGCGCCGCUGGCACGUAAAGGUCAACCAGAACCAGCGUCGUUUCGCUGUCGUCUCUGCCCUUGCAGCGUCUGCUCUCCCGUCUCUCGUUCUAGCGCGCGGUCACCGAAUCGAGCAGGUCGAAGAAGUCCCGUUGGUUGUAGGAUCUGGUGCGGAGUCAAUCAAGAAGACAAAGGAAGCUGUUGCUCUUCUUACUGCUCUUGGUGCUUAUGAUGACGUGAAGAAAGUCUCAUCCUCCCGCAAGCUGCGCGCUGGCAGGGGCAAGAUGCGCAACCGUCGUCAUCGCCAACGCCGUGGUCCACUCAUCGUCUACUUGGAGGACAACGGUAUCGUCAAAGCAUUCCGCAACCUCCCAGGCGUCGAAGUCGUCAACGUCUCUCGUCUAAACCUUCUUCAACUCGCACCAGGUGGACACAUCGGUCGUUUCAUUAUCUGGACUGAGGCUGCAUUCGCACGUCUUGACGAAGUCUUUGGUACCUUCGACACAGCUGCUGUGCAGAAGAAGGAUUACUUCCUCCCGACUGCUAAGAUCUCCAACCCGGACGUCACACGUCUCAUCAACAGCUCCGAGAUCCAGUCCGUCGUUCGUCCCGCGAAUGCCAAGAUCCACCGCCGCCCAUGGACACAGCACAAGAACCCGCUCACGAACAAGCUUGUGCUCUUCCGGCUCAACCCGUAUGCGAAGACGCUUCGCAGACAGGAACUGCUCAAGCAGGAACGCCGCAAAAAGGCUGCUACCGCAGCAAAGAAGAAGUCGAAGAAGGAAUCUUCCGCUGGAGAGGCUUUCAUCAACACUCUCUUUGCUCCUUGAUUUCCGCUCUUAAAAUGUUACUAUGUUACCUAUAUGCAUGUGCGUCUCCGUUAUGUUACAUGCCAGAAUAUGAUACGUAUCAGAAAGCAUUCAUGUGUUGCGGUUUGAGUUACGACAUGAAAAUGAAAUGCACGCUGACUGCGUUUGCCGUCA